UUCGUGCGCCAAAACAUUUGCGCUGUUGUGUAACCUACAGCUGAGCAUAAUGUCUCUUUUACGCUUCUGUUCUUUUACCAAUCAAAGUUUGCUAAAGAAUGGACUGUUGUUAGAAUCGAUGGUUACAGCUGGUUUAAGGACAACAGGCUACACAACCGUAAAGGAUAAAAAGCCUCUUCGCAAACCAAACACACCUCAGGGGAAGUUUGACACAGAAGAUGACCAGAAAAAAUCUACAGACGCCUUUAAAAAAUUUCCAGAUGAUGUGAAUCCACACACAAAAGAAAAAGGUGGCCCAACAGGCCCCGAGCCAACACGGUACGGAGACUGGGAGAAAAAGGGACGCUGUAUUGACUUUUAGGUGAAUGUUAACAUAUGUACUGAAGUGUGUUGAUUUCACUGCAUGUGUGUUAUCAUGUAGAUAAACCAUGUAAUAUAUUUUUGGGAAAUUUGCUGCAUUUACUGGUGCAUUUACUUUGUUUGUGUCUUUGUACUAGCACUUGAAUUAUUUGGUUGAUUUGUUGAUCUAUUUUUUUGUUGAAAAACAUUUUUGCUUAAAAAGUUAUUGCAUCAAUAUAAAACAGGAAUGUCAGAAAGAACAAAUGUAAAAUAUAUUUGAAUAAAACAGUGGGUUUUGA